GACACUUGUGUUUGCUGAGAAGAUAUAUGGCAGACAACAGUUCACUGGUUGGUGGUGAGUCUUUGCGACAAAUCAACGACCGGGUCAUUAUUGUGCAGGUCCUGGUGAUGAUUUUUCUUUGCAUUAACUCAUUGCUCAUCAUGACCUUUUUUAAAAAGGAGUGUUUCUAUACAACAACACGUUACAUCUUAUUUGCUCUUACAUUACUGUCUGACAGCAUGAUAUUAUUACUGACUGAUUUUCUGCUCAUCAUGAACUAUUUUGGUUUCACAAUGCAAGUUGGGCUGUGCAUCGUUAUCUGUUUCAUGCUAUAUAUAUUCUAUAAAGUCACCUCAGUUACUCUGACAGCAAUGACCCUGGAGCGCUAUGUGGCCAUUUGUAUGCCCCUGCGCCAUGGAGAGCUGUGCUCCACACGUAACACUUUCCAUUGCAUCCUCAUCAUUCAUGGCCUCAGCUCUGUGCCCUGCAUUGUUAUUCUCUCCACUUUAUUUGCAUCAGUCUCCCUUAGCUUCUACUCACAAUUCAUAUUAUGCUCUAUGGAGAUGUUCUUAGUUCACAAAUGGCAGGAUCAUCUUAUGUCAGCUAUAAAUCAGUUUUACUUCUUGAUCAUGAUCAUCACAAUUGUUUUCUGCUAUGUUAAAAUAAUGAAAGUGGCCAAAGUUGCAUCAGGAGAGAAUAAAAAGUCAACAAGUAAAGGGCUCAGAACAGUGCUCCUUCAUGGUUUUCAGUUGGUGCUUUGUCUCAUUCAGCUAUGGUGCCCGUUAAUAGAAAGUGCAAUACUUCAGAUUGAUUUAAUAUUGUUUAUUCAAGUCAGAUACUUUAACCACAUAAUCUUUGGUCUUGCUCCAAGAUGCCUGAGUCCUCUCAUCUAUGGUCUCAGGGAUGAAAAGUUUUUUCUUGAACUGAAAAGUUAUACCUUCUUCAGUUUGUAUAGAAAAAGAAAUCUGAGGACAGCCCCACUCCAGUUUCUCUAUAGUUAA